AUGUCUGAAAUCCAAUCAAAUCCUGUGCCAAUUGCUAUCAUUGGCAUCGGCUGCAGAUUUGCAGGCGAUGCUGCCGAUCCUUGGAAGCUCUGGGCAAUGCUGGAGAGUGGAAACAGUGCUUGGAGUGAGAUCCCAGCAAACCGCUUCAACAUCGACGGGUGGUAUCAUCCCAAUCACGAAAAUAUCAGCACAACAAAUGUCAGAGGAGGUCAUUUUCUGAAGGAGGAUCUGGGCUUCUUCGAUGCACAGUUCUUCGGUGUCUCUGCCGAGACAGCGGCUACAAUGGAUCCCCAAUAUCGGUUAUUGCUUGAGACUGUGUCACUGACUGAAGACUUUUCAACAGCUGGUCUUCCUUUAGAGCAGGUCGCUGGAUCGAACACAUCUGUCUUCUCGGGCGCAUUUUUUCACGAUUAUCAAGACGGGCACAUGCGAGAUGCAGAAAACCUGCCUCGUUUCUUAAUGACGGGAAAUGGCGCAGCUAUGGCCUCAAAUCGUAUUUCGCACUUUUUUGAUCUCCGUGGUCCAAGCAUGACUAUCGACACAGGAUGCAGCACCACACUUACAGCAUUACACCAAGCAUGUCAAGGUCUUCGGUCUGGCGAUGCUGAUAUGUCUAUUGUUGGAGGAUCAAAUUUGCUGAUGAAUCCGGACUUUUUUGUCACAAUAUCCACGUUGGGAACAAAAUUAGAAUGCUCUCAAAGGACGGCAGGUCGUAAGUACAGCUGUUUAUUUUACCUGCUGUGUCUUUUUAACGCUCGCGCUCUCUGCAGAUAUUCUUUCGACAAUAGAGCAAAUGGCUAUGGGCGAGGCGAAGGUGUUGCUGCGAUCAUUUUGAAAAGAUUAGACGAUGCAGUGAUGGCUGGUGACCCAGUUCAAUCGCUCAUUCGAGAGACGCAUCUCAACCAGGACGGCAAAACAGAAACGAUUACAUCACCUAGCUGCCAAGCUCAGGAAUACCUCAUUCGCUCAUGUUACGACAAGGCUGGAAUCAACCCUUCAUCAGUCCAGUAUUUCGAGGCGCAUGGCACUGGAACCCCAACUGGAGAUCCCAUCGAGGCCAGCGCAAUCGCAAGCGUUUUCCAGAAGUCCAAAUCACAUCAGGAACCAUUAUAUAUUGGGUCUGUGAAAGCAAAUCUUGGCCACACAGAGCCUACAAGCGGACUUGCCAGUGUGAUCAAGGUCUCACUCGCGUUACAGCGAAGAAUCAUCCCCCCAAGUAUAAAUUUCGAAACACCCAACGAGAGGCUCGCACUUGAUGAGUGGAAUUUAAGGGUCCCCCUUAAAUGCGAAGUCUGGCCAACCAAUUGCGAUGGGACUCGGAGAGCUUCUGUGAACAAUUUCGGGUAUGGUGGAGCCAACGCACAUGUCAUCAUGGAAGAUUGGCAUGAGAACAACCCAUUAUACAUUUCCACCAGACUUGAAAAACAGAGUCUCAACGGGACUCACGUCCCAGCACUCGAGUCAAAGUUAUUUAUACUCAGUGCAAAAGAUGAGUACUGCUGCAGGGUGGUUGCAUCGAACUUGAAGGCUCACAUCCAGGAUCAAAUAUCACAAAUUGGCACGGAAUUUGAGCUAUUCAACAAUCUGGCCUUUACACUCGGGGAUCGUCGCAGUCGCUUUCCUUGGGUCUCCACCCAUGUCGCUUCUUCAUUUUCGGAACUUGUCGUGCAACUCGGCAACGAUAAACUGAAUCUCGCACGAUCUAGUAAUAGACCGAGGCUUGGGUUUAUCUUUACUGGCCAGGGUGCCCAAUGGUAUGCUAUGGGACGGGAGCUUCUCACGGCAUACCCGCUCUUCAAGGCCUCGAUACUUGAAGCAGAAGCCUACUUGAAAGAGUUCGGAUGCAAGUGGUCUCUUACGGAAGAGCUUCUGCGUGACGAAGAGACUUCAAUGGUGACGGAGACUUCUUUCGGUAUGCCACUAUGCGCUGCCAUUCAGAUAUCCUUGGUGCGACUUCUCGAGGCAUGGGGAAUCACCCCGGCUGCCGUUUCCAGUCACUCGAGUGGCGAGAUUGCUGCAGCAUAUACCGUCGGGGCGCUUAGUUACAGAUCAGCCAUGGCUGCAUGCUUUAGUCGCUGCGAGAUUGCCUCGGGGCUUCAGGAGUCCCAUGGAGCCAUGAUGGCCGUCGGCCUGGGCGCCUCGGAAGUAGAGGAGUUACUGCGUGACAUUCACGCAGGCAUAGCUAGGAUAGCAUGUAUCAAUAGUCCCUCCAGUGUCACGUUGUCUGGGGAUGUCGGGGCUAUCGAUGAGCUUGAGGCUAUCCUGAAAGGCCGAAACGUCUUUGCUCGACGUCUCCGCGUCCGGACAGCGUUCCAUUCCCACCAUAUGCAACCACUCUACGAUCCAUACUUGAAGAGCAUGCAUGAGAUUAUGGAUCAUGAGGUUCGAACCCUACGCCCGAUUAUCUACGCAUCGCCUACAACCGGCACGCGCAUAACAGAUGCAGCCCAACUCUCGGAUCCGAAGCACUGGGCUGAGAGUAUGGUUAGGCCAGUCCUGUUCCAGGAUUCCUUUCGUCAAAUGGUCUUCGAUCCAAUCAGCGGCGAAAGAGGUAUCGAUAUUGCGAUUGAAGUCGGUCCACACGCAGCUCUUUCGGGUCCAGUCGGGGACAUCCUCCUUACCCCUGAAUUUCAAGAUACCAAUAUAGUCUACCUCUCGUGUUUGAUUCGAAAAAGGAACGCGGUCUCUACCAUGCAGACACUCGCUAGUGAAUUACUUCUGCGGGCCUAUCCAGUCGACGUCAAUGCCGUCAAUUUCCCAACUGGAAGAGAAGACCUGCGCGUCCUCACUGACCUUCCACCUUACCCUUGGAACCACCAAGUUCGUCAUUGGGAUGAGCCUCGGGCGAAUGUUUCCCAUCGAUCGAAGCAAUAUGGCUACCAUGAUCUUCUGGGAUCUCCUCUCACCGGUGUCAAUCCUCUGGCUCCGAUAUGGAGGCAUAUUAUCAGACUCUCAGAUGUACCAUGGGUGCGUGAGCACACUGUGCAGUCGAAUGUGAUAUAUCCAGGGGCAGGAUAUGUUUGCAUGGCAAUCGAAGCAGCAAGUCAAAUAUCACAUGCAGCUCAUCAGCCCGUCUCAGGGUAUCGACUUCGAGAUUUAGAUAUCUUACAAGCCCUCAUUGUCCCUGAGGGCUCCGGUGGAGUUGAGGUUCAGCUCCAUCUUAAGCCCGUGAAUGAGAAGGCUAUUGGAGUCAAAGGGUGGAAAGAGUUCCGAAUAUUCUCAGUCGGAAAAGAGGAAAAAUGGACCGAGAAUUGCAAAGGUCUCAUACACGUCGAUAUCGAGACCGCUGGGGACUCCUCUGUCUGUCAUAGGCGGACCGCACCGACUCAUUUUAGUCUUCACUCCAAACGCUAUCCUCGGCUUGUUGAACCACAGGCAAUUUACGCAGCCCUGAGGUCCAAUGCGAUUUAUCAUGGCGGCAUAUUCCAAAAUAUUCAAUCCCUGCAAGCGGGGCAGGAUCGGGCAGUUGCCAAAUUGUCCAUCGCGGAUGUUGCAUCAACUAUGCCGUCGCAAUAUCAAAAGAGGCACGUUCUUCAUCCGACCACAUUGGAUUCUGUCUUUGUCUCCGCUUACGGUGCGCUGCUUGGCGCGAACCUCAGUAACAGUGUUUCCAUGGUUCCCAAGACGAUCAAGAGUCUCUGGGUAUCUCAUGAGAUUGCUUCCACACCCGGGCAUAUGUUUGAAUCAUAUGUUGAUGUCCUCCAUUCUGACGCGAAGCGAUUCGGGUCAAGUAUCUCGCUAUAUGAUCAAUCCAACCGUGAUCCCACCAAGGCACCCGUUCUGGUCAUGGAUGGGUUUGUUUGCCAAUCGCUGGGAUCGAUCUCAUCCGGUGCUUCGGACUCGGAAGAUACUGAUAUAUGCAGUACUGUGAAAUGGGCCCCGGACGUUUCCUUCAUGGAACCCCGUCUUCUGAAUGAGCAAAUUAGUUCCGCCGCGAGCGCGGAAGAGGAAGAGGUGAUCUUGAACUUGAGGCGGGCUUGCUUCCAUUUUAUCCAGGAUGCGUUAGCAUCCUUGAGUUCGACGAAUAUUCAAAAUUUGGAGUGGCACCACAAGAAGUUUUACAAUUGGAUGAAAGACCAAGUUGGGCGUGCUUCCAGGGGCGAGAUAGCUCCUUCUAGCUCCGAAUGGAUCAAAGAUAGCGAUGACGAAAAACGAAAACUCAUCAGCACCAUCAGCUCAUCGAGUGUGAAUGGCGAAGCCGUUUGUCGUUUAGGGACUCGCUUAAUCCCUAUCCUCACACAGCAAAUAUCUCCAUUGGAGCUUUUAAUGGAAGAGAAACUGCUUUACAGAUACUAUCGGGGGGCUCUCAAAUUUGAUCGAUGCAACAUCCACCUGGCCAAGCUCGCCGAACAUCUCGUUCACAAAAGCCCCCGCAUGAACAUCAUUGAGAUUGGCGCCGGGACUGGUGGAACCACCCUUUCACUAUUAAAUGUCAUUGGAAACGGUGAAAAAUCGGGCUGGGGACCAUUCGCCUCCGAGUACCAUUUCACUGAUAUCUCUUCCGGGUUCUUUGAAGAAGCCCAACUCCAAUUCCAGGAUUGGAACGGCAUCAUCAGCUACCGCAAGUUGGACAUUGAGGUCGACCCUGCCCAGCAGGGUUUCGAGUGCGGUAGCUAUGACAUUGUCGUUGCCAAUCAAGUUCUUCAUGCUACAAAGUCCGUUGUGUCUACAAUGAAGAAUGUGCGGAGCUUGUUGAAGCCCGGUGGAAAGCUGUUGCUCAUGGAGAACACGAAAGACCAAAUGGAUAUGCAAUUCGUCUUCGGCCUUUUGCCUGGCUGGUGGUUAAGCUCGGAUGAACGAAAGCUUAGUCCAAUUCUUUCGUCGCCAGACUGGGACAAGGUGCUCACCGAAACCGGCUUCAGUGGGCGUGAUUUAGACAUUCAUGACUGUGAUCUUGAGGGUAUGUAUACAAUGAGCGUCAUCAUGUCAACAGCCCUCCCCACAAGUAAGGAUUCGCCAAGUGCCUCGUCGAUAGUACUCGCUCACGGCUCGAAUCUCUCUGCUUGUGAUGAGGGUUGGAUAAGAUCCCUUCAGCAGUCUGUCGCUUCUAUCAAAACAGUAGGCGCAGUCAACAUCGAGUCCCUUACGUCAGUUGAUGCCUCUGACAAAGUCUGCGUUUUUCUCGGUGACCUCGGUGAUUUCUGUCUUUCGAACCUCACCGACACUGACUUCAAGCCAAUUGUUCGUCUCGCCCUAGGUUGCAGAUCGCUUCUGUGGGUUACUAGAGGGGGUACCGUUGAGUGCCAGAAGCCGGAAAGCGCACUCAGCUUGGGACUUCUUCGUACCCUUCGUCGUGAAAACUUGGCCAAGAUCUAUGUAUCUCUUGAUAUGGAUGCGAAGGACCCAGCACCGAGUGCUCGGCAAGCUUCAGUUAUCACAACAGUACUCGCGAAAAUGUUAGAUGGCGAGCCGAAAUCCGCCCGCGACUUCGAAUUGUCGGAGCGCGAUGGCACCAUUUUUGUCCCAAGACUAGUCAAGGACUAUGAUCGAAACAGGUUCAUAUCCACGAAUUCUACUACACUUGCGACAAAAAUGCAUUCCGGGCAAUUUGACCAUCUCGGUUCAAGCAGUGACACGACUAUCAAGCUGCAAAUCGCCUCGCCUGGUCUCUUGGAAACAUUGGCCUUUCAACAAGUGGCCCAAAAUGACACCGAAAUAUCCCCAGAUGAAAUCGAGAUCGAACCGAAAGCAUUCGGUCUCAACUUCCGUGAUGUCAUGGCCGCCAUGGGCCAGCUGAAUGAAACAGUCAUGGGGUUAGAAUGCUCUGGUAUUGUGACUCGCAUGGGAGCAAAUGCCGCAUCUCAUGGCUUUUCUGUUGGAUGCCGUGUGAUCACACUUAUUGGUGGUCAAUACCAAAACUGCAUUCGUGUGCCAUGGACUGUUGCUUGUCCCAUAUCCCAGUUCGACUUCAACACGGCCGCGUCAAUUCCAAUGGUGUUUGCCACCGCUUAUAUCUCGUUGUUCAUUACUGCGAAGCUCUGUAAAGGUCAAUCCAUCCUCAUUCAUGCAGCGAGUGGUGGCGUCGGACAAGCAGCAAUCAUCCUCUCUCGGCACAUUGGAGCAGAGAUCUUUGCAACUGUCGGUUCUGUGGAAAAGCGGAAUUUCAUCACAUCCAAAUACGGUAUCCCGGACGAUCAUGUCUUCUCAAGUCGUGAUCCAACGUUUGCUUCCGAGUUAAUGUCACUCACGGGAGGGAAGGGGGUGGACGUGAUCCUGAAUUGUUUGUCGGGUGAACUUCUUCAGCAAAGUUUCAACUGCCUAGCUCCGUUUGGCCACUUUGUCGAGAUUGGGAAAGUCGAUCUGGAGCACAAUCACUACCUUGAGAUGGCUCCAUUUACUCGAGUCGCAACUUUCUCCUCAAUCGACCUUCUGGCGCUAGUCAGGCUUGGCAGCCCUGUCAUUCAUCACGCAUUGUGUGCCAUCGUCAGGCUUCUUGAGCAAGGGUUGAUUUAUCCAGUCAAGCCUAUCACCACUUAUCCUAUCAGUGAUAUUGAAAAGGCAUUCCGCCAGAUGCAGACGGGAAAGCACAUGGGGAAGAUUGUCCUGUCGGCGAUCGAUUGCAUUGUCAAGUAUCGCCCUCUCAAACCUACAAUGAAGCUUCGAUCCGAUGCUUCGUAUCUCAUAACUGGAGGUGUUGGUGGUAUUGGAAAAGAAGUCGCUGCCUGGCUUCUAGCGCAUGGUGCGGGAUCUCUGGUGCUGAUGUCUCGGACCAUAACCGCCGAAGCAACCUUGUUUGCCAAAAAGCUCGAGGAUAAGCACCCUGGGUCAAGGGUCCAUCUAGUGGGAUGCGACAUUUCAAAGUCUUCUGACCUUGCUCUCGCCACAGCAAAAUUCGGUUCGAGUUAUCCACCAAUACGUGGCGUAAUCCAGGCCGCGAUGGUUCUUCGUGAUUCUAUCAUUGAGAACAUGAGCCUUGAAGAUUAUCACGCUGCUUUGCUUCCGAAAGUUCAGGGAUCGUGGAACCUGCAUCAAUACCUUAGCAGAGACCUGGAUUUCUUCAUCAUGCUCUCCUCCUUGGCUGGGGUCAUUGGCAACCCCAGUCAGUCCAAUUAUACGGCCGGUGGCGCAUUCCAAGACUCUCUUGCCAGGUACAGGGUAGGCAAGGGGUUGCCAGGGGUGUCUCUGGACAUCGGCGCCGUCAAGAAUGUGGGCUAUGUGGCAUCAAACAAGUCGGUUUCUGACCGACUGGAAAGACAAGGAUAUAGAAUGCUGGAGACGCGCGAGAUCCUGUCGGCGAUCGAGUCGGCCAUUCUAUAUCCGUGUCAUCAGAUCGCCAUUGGUAUUAACACUAGAGAUACGCCCGAGCCUCACGACACGAUCCUAGGGGGAGAUGCGCGAUUCGACGCUCUGAGAUACAUAAAACCAGCGAAUACCAACAGCAACGCCAAAGGAUCUGGUCCAGUUUCUGAAGUCCUGUCACAUCAACUUUCCAGUGUCUCUUCGGUGAAAGAGGCUUCUGCUGUUGUUUUGCAUGUACUCGUGAAGAGGCUGAUGGAUAUCUUCAUGAUCCCCAUUGACGAGGUUAUUCACUCUAAGUCCAUGGCUGACUUUGGCGUUGACUCUCUCGUUGCCGUUGAGCUUCGGAACAUGCUCGCCGUGCAGGCUGGGGCGGAGAUUUCAAUUUUCGACAUCAUGCAAAGUCCUUCACUUACGGCUUUAGCUCAGACUGUCGCUUCUACCAGUAAGUUUGUAAAUGCAAAAUAG